AUGAACCCACGAAAACGAAGCUACAGUUCAGUUGGGCCUUUGAUGGACUCUGCAGAAGGACAGCAUCCUAGGGAGACAUCUGCAGACGCAGGACCCUCAUCUGCGAAGAAGACUCGGCCCUUGGCAGAGUACGCUCAAUCUUUACCCGAGUUUAAAUAUGUUACGGCAAAGAGCAAGCCUCCGGGAGCAAACGAUCCGUUACUUCCGCCUAAGCAACUUACGGAGAGGGUUCGCCAGGUACUUAAGGAGGUUGCUCCUUUAGUAGGGGUUAGCCAACUAAGUAAUAAUGAAUUCACUGAUUUCAUAAACUCUCUUUGCUCCAUGAGAGAACUGAGUCUACCCCCUCUUCAGUCCUCCUCUUCGCAUUUAAAGGAUAAAAAGGCUGACGCCCCCUGUCGAGUAUGGGUCACCGCAAUCACUAACGCCUGUAAACCGCUGCCGAAACCGAUGAUCCCCCUUUGGAAGGAGGAUAUAAAGACAGAGGAUGGGGCAUUUCUGGCGUUACAGAGCCCUGUUUUUGAGCUCUGGAGGUUGAUAGAUGGUGUGAGUACUGCUGUGCUAAUUAUGGCGGGACGUAAGCCGACAUGGAAUCUUAAGGGCUGGGAAGCGCAUAAGGGCAAAGAUGGCAAUUGCAUUGCAGAAGGUCCAUUUCUUCAGGAAUGUAGAGGCCUUCAUCUCACGGAGGCUAUUGAUCUGAAGGACAACCUUCUCAAACUUUAUAGAGAAGCGGACCUCGAUAAUCACCUAAGGAUUUCACUUACCGAGUGUAUUACGUCUGCUAAAGGUACCAGCAAAAUAGACAGAAUGCCGGCCUUGAAAGCGCUUUCAAGAUUAUGCGUACCAAUCACCAAAUACGCCAUCUUCUCUAUGACACACCUCCACAUCCUCGGAGACAAAAUUAAUCGAAACCCUAUAUACAGUUCUAAGCAGGUACUUGAAUUGUACUUUAGCUAUCUACUCUUGCAAGAGCUUAUCCGCGACGAGGAGUUAGCCCCUUUGGAUUCUCAGAGUCCUCCAUCUACUAUCUUAUAUAAUCCUUCCCCUGGGAUCCGACUCUGUACGAUUCCUAAGUUGAGCAAGGAGGCUGAGACCUACGUACAUGAGACCUUCCAAGACGAUAUUUUGAAGGCGGUCGGUAAUUGAGAACACCAGGUGACAUUCGGGAAUUCGUUUGCGCUUCUGCUAUAUCAAAAGUAGUAGAAAGGUCAUCUGAGGGCAGUUGUCCUCGGAGGCUCUCUCAUAUAGCUAGUCGAACUCAUAGAAAACAAUUGGUACGUUUUACAUAACUACCUAAGUUACUUUAUGAAUCGUAAGCAUGAAGCGAGUAGACGUACCUGUUACCUUCAUAGCAUGUGGCUAUUCAGCUUGACGCGGAUAUAUGUCUCAGUACUUUCUGAGUUGACCUAUCAGAAGAUCUUUUAACACUUGAGUUGCAUGCUCUUACUAUGAGGGUACAUGUAUGACU